CCAGCUCUCUAUUUCUUCCGGUUGGCACGGUCGGCUUUGCCGCUCUGUGUACUGCAUUAAAGGAGGAGGGUCAUCUGGGCUCCACAGCUCCUCCUUGUGUACCCAAUGGCGAGUCUUUUGCGCGUGGUUGCCAGCAGUUGUUCUGGCCCCCUCUUCACCGGGGUGGCCUGUUCCAAGCUUCAGAAUAUCCGGACCGUGAAGACGCCAUGUCUGCGAUUCUUCAAGACCCAUCAAGCCCUCAGUCGCUCUGCUAGUCCAGGCAUUCCUUACAAACAGCUGACUGUUGGCAUUCCCAAGGAGAUCUUUGAGAAUGAGCUUCGUGUGGCCAUCUCGCCAGCGGGAGUGGACGCCCUCAUCAAACAGGGCUUUAAUGUUGUGGUGGAGUCUGGGGCGGGGGAUGCUGCUAAGUUUCCUGAUGAGAUGUACACCAAGGCUGGAGCCGCCGUCAAGGACGUCAAAGACGUCCUUGCAUCUGACGUUGUGCUCAAGGUUCGCGCGCCCAUGCUGAAUCCGGUGUUGGGCGUCCAUGAGACGGAGCUGAUGAAGGAGGGUGCCACGCUGGUCAGCUUCAUCUACCCGGCGCAGAACUCUGAGCUGAUGGCGUGCCUGGCCAAGCGCAAGGCCACUGUACUAGCUAUGGACCAGGUGCCCCGCGUCACCAUUGCCCAGGGUUAUGAUGCCCUCAGUUCCAUGGCCAACAUCGCUGGCUAUAAAGCUGUUGUCCUGGCUGCUAACAACUUUGGCCGCUUCUUCACUGGACAGAUCACUGCUGCAGGGAAGGUCCCCCCUGCUAAGGUGCUGAUCAUUGGAGGUGGUGUAGCAGGUCUGGCAGCUGCAGGCUCUGCCAGGGCUAUGGGUGCUAUUGUCAGAGGCUUUGAUACCAGAGCUGCGGCGCUGGAGCAGUUCAAAUCUCUGGGUGCCGAGCCUCUGGAGGUGGACGUGAAGGAGUCGGGUGAAGGUCAGGGUGGCUACGCUAAGGAGAUGUCCAAGGAGUUCAUCGAGGCCGAGAUGAAGCUCUUUGCCAAGCAGUGUUUGGAUGUUGACAUCCUCAUCAGUACAGCCCUCAUCCCUGGGCGCAAGGCUCCAGUGCUCAUCACUAAGGAGAUGGUGGAGAGCAUGAAGGACGGCUCUGUGGUGGUUGAUCUGGCGGCGGAGGCGGGGGGCAACAUCGAGACCACUGUUCCUGGACAGCUCACCGUUCACAAAGGUGUGACCCAUAUUGGCUACACGGAUCUUCCCAGUCGUCUUCCUACGCAGUCCAGCACACUGUACUCCAACAACAUCACCAAACUUCUACGAGCCAUUAGCCCAGACAAGGAGAACUUCUACUUCAAUGUCAAAGAUUCCUUUGACUACGGCACGAUGGACCACGUUGUCCGUGGCACAGUCGUCAUGCAGAAUGGAAAAGUGCUUUUCCCCGCACCACAGCCCAUUAACAUCCCUUCGGCAGCGCCUCCCAAAACCAAAACCAUCCAGGAGCUGGAGAAGGAAAAGGCAGCCAGCAUCUCCCCGUUUAGAAGCACUCUCACCACGGCUGGGGUGUAUGCCGGAGGUCUCACUUCAUUGCUCGGACUUGGGCUUUUUGCACCAAAUGCUGCUUUCACUCAGAUGGUGACAACCUUUGGCCUGGCAGGAAUUGUGGGAUACCAUACUGUGUGGGGUGUCACUCCUGCCCUCCACUCCCCACUCAUGUCCGUCACAAAUGCCAUCUCUGGGUUGACUGCAGUUGGUGGGCUUUCACUGAUGGGAGGAGGCUACGCUCCGACCAACACUGCGGAAACCUUGGCAGUACUUGCUGCCUUCAUCUCCUCCGUCAACAUCGCUGGUGGUUUCCUGGUCACUAAGCGGAUGCUGGACAUGUUUAAACGACCUACGGAUCCCCCGGAGUAUAACUACGUGUACAUGCUCCCAGCGGGUGUAUUUGUGGGGGGCUAUGCUGCUGCACUGCACAGUGGCUACAACAUAGAGCAGAUGAUGUACCUGGGCUCUGGGCUGUGUUGUGUCGGUGCACUGGGAGGCCUGUCUACCCAGUCCACUGCACGCCUGGGAAACGCCCUCGGCAUGAUCGGGGUGGCGGGUGGCAUUGCUGCCACUCUGGGGGUCUUGAAGCCCUCACCUGAGCUCCUGGGCCAGAUGAGUGCAGCCAUGGCAGUGGGCGGCACCGCGGGUCUAGCCAUUGCCAAGAAGAUCCAGAUCUCAGACCUGCCACAGCUGGUGGCUGCCUUCCACAGUUUGGUGGGUCUGGCCGCUGUGCUCACGUGCGUGGCAGAGUAUAUGGUGGAGUAUCCCCACUUUGCCACAGACCCCGCGGCCAACCUCACCAAGAUCGUGGCCUACCUGGGCACCUACAUCGGUGGGGUCACCUUCAGCGGCUCGCUGGUCGCCUAUGGCAAGCUGCAAGGUCUGCUGAGCUCCGCCCCCCUCCUGCUGCCUGGCCGCCACGCUCUCAAUGCUGGCCUCAUGGCUGCCAGCGUGGGUGGCAUCGUGCCCUACAUGCUGGAUCCCAGCUACACCAUGGGCAUCACCUGCUUGGGCUCAGUCUCUGCCCUCUCUGCUGUCAUGGGAGUCACGCUGACGGCGGCCAUCGGUGGGGCGGACAUGCCCGUGGUCAUUACCGUGCUGAACAGCUACUCGGGUUGGGCUUUGUGUGCUGAGGGCUUCCUGCUCAACAACAACCUGCUCACCAUUGUGGGAGCGCUGAUCGGCUCGUCCGGAGCCAUCCUCUCCUACAUCAUGUGUGUGGCCAUGAACCGUUCCCUGGCCAACGUUAUCCUGGGCGGCUACGGCACAUCCUCCACAGGCACAGGCAAGCCCAUGGAGAUCACAGGUACCCACACGGAGGUCAACGUGGAGCAAACCACGGACAUGAUCAAGGAGGCCCAGACCAUUAUCAUCGUUCCAGGUUACGGUCUAUGUGCUGCCAAGGCUCAGUAUCCCAUUGCUGAUCUGGUCAAGACACUGACUGAGCAAGGCAAGCAAGUCAGGUUUGGCAUCCACCCUGUAGCCGGGCGUAUGCCUGGACAGCUGAAUGUGCUGUUAGCUGAGGCCGGUGUACCAUAUGAUGUUGUCCUGGAGAUGGAUGAGAUCAACGACGACUUCCCUGAGACCGACCUGGUUUUGGUUAUUGGUGCAAACGAUACAGUGAACUCUGCUUCCCAGGAGGAUCCUAACUCCAUCAUCGCCGGCAUGCCAGUGCUGGAGGUCUGGAAGUCCAAACAGGUCAUAGUGAUGAAGAGGUCUCUGGGUGUGGGUUACGCAGCAGUGGACAACCCCAUCUUCUACAAGCCCAACACCUCAAUGCUUUUAGGAGACGCCAAGAAGACUUGUGAUGCCCUGUCUGCCAAGGUGCGAGAAGGAUAAACACCUGCACAGCAGCUAGAGCCCUCCAGGAGAGGGACUAUUGCUGCACCCGUUCGACAGAGAACAGGGUGUACACACAGAACGAACCCUUAGAUAUCAAGUAGCAUCAAAAACUUAUCACUCCUGACCACAUGAUCUGUAUACACUUUUUUUAUUUUAUUUUUUUUUUAAUAGGAAUUUUGGUUGUAGAUUUGGUUAGUCUUAUUCACCGUUUUUGUUCUGCCUAAUUAAAUUAAGAUAUAAAAGCAUUGCAGCAUUGGUAGGACCUUGGCACAUUUUGUCCUGGUUUUGUUUUGGAACUAGGCUUUUAUGAGGUCUCACUUUUUUAAAACAAGCAUUAAUUUGUAGAUAGUUCAGUGUAUUUGGGUUGCAUUUUAAGGCGGAUAUAAAACACUCCGCUUUUCCUCCUUUUUGGGGAUCAAUGUGUAUUACUUGAUCUGACUGUAAUGUUGUGGUAUUGUUACACGUGGAUCUAAGCUUAUACAAGAGGGAAGUGCAUGAAUAUCAAAUGCGGUGUCAGAAGGCCAUUUUUCUAGUGAAUACAAGCGGUCUCUUGCCUCUAAAGGCUUCUUGGGUUGAAGGAUCAAUGCCAACUUCUUCUAAAUAGCAGAUUUGGCUCUAAAGGGAUCAAGAACAGUUCAAUUCCUGAAGGAGAUGUUUUACUUUCUCUGCAAUUCAAAUUCUUGAAGAUGAAUGUCAAAAACACCUGUAAGACCAAAUCUAGUAAUGGCUAAUUUACUGUAUCCAUUUCAUACUAUGCUCUAUGCUUUCAAGGCUGUUAGCAACACUGUUCCUUUGCAAUAUUUGUUGUUAACAGAAUGAUGCACUGGGAUCUAAUGAAAUGCAAGCUUAUGUUGGUAAUGGACCAUGACAACAGUCCUACCUCUUAACACUUAGAAUUGUUAUAAUCAAUCCCUUAUAGUUCUCUUCAAGGACUUCAGCACAGUUCCAGGUUCUUCCACAGAUAUUUGGCUUGAGCUGCAGCAGCAUAGUAAAAAUCAGUUUGCUCCUUGGUACCUCAAUAUUUUGACUUGAUGAACAUUUUGGUUAUACAUUUAGCCAUGUGAAACAAUGGCCUAGGAGAAGACACUGCUGUCAUUUCUGGUUUUUAUUUUACAGUUUUAAUAUACUGUCAAACUAAUAGGAUAGAAGAAAUAAGCAAUAAAACAGGAAAAACUUUGC